AUGGAUAUUGAAAGAUCAGAACUAGCGGAACACAUCGCGCAGACUGGACACGAGAUCAAUUGGAAGGCAACAGAAAGAAGAGCCCCAUACGGUGACAACACAAGGAUGCAGAAGAUUAUGGAGGUUAUUGACAUGCUUGGGGAGAAAAAUCUAAUGUUCAGGAGAUUGGAAGAAGGUAGAGGUUGUGAUAACUUUGUCUACUGCCUAAGCAAACUCGGGGAAAACAGGAAUAGAGCAAAAAGAAGACGCCUGGAUCAAGGAUCUAGCGCUAAUCGGAUGAAAAGGGAUCGUGAUGAAGAAAGUGGGGGGCGGGGGUUUUCGACAAUAAAGCGAAGACGUUGUCAGUGA